GACUCAUAACUGAGAGAUACAGCCACCAAGCCGGUUCUGACAUCAGUGGGUCCAUACAUAUAUAAAUCCCAACGUAGUGGCUGGAAAAGGUGGCCGGUUACGGAGAGUAGGUGCGGCCGGGCUCCAGGGCUGAACCGGAUAUUUCCAGAAUAUCAUACUACGCUGAAUAUGAGGGCAAGUUAGCCCCUGCCGGAGCAUCUGAAUCAGGCAUGGCGUCAUCUUCCUACCUGGAACCAAACCUCAAUCACUCGGCAGCGAGUGGUUGUGGGGUUAAAUCCCGGUCUGGGAUGCCUGGAGGUACCGGUGUUGGUACCAGUGGCUCUGCUGCAGGCCUUGAGCGGCCCUCAGGCUCCAUGGACCGGGUUCUGAAGAUCUUCCAUUAUUUUGAGACAAACAGUGAACCGUGCACGUGGGCUAGUAAUAUUAGGCAUGGAGAUGCUACAGACGUCCGGGGGGUGAUCCAGAAGAUAGCAGAGAUCCACAAGUUGCGCUGUGUGUCCUCUCUGGGCCUCCGUCUCAGCCAUCUGCACUCUGAUGCACUUCAUUGGUUACACCCUGAUUUAGGCGUGUGUCACGUCAGGGAGAAAUAUGAGAAACAGCAUCCCCAGGAGGAGUGGAGGUAUGAGUUGCGGAUGCGGUACCUUCCUAAAGGUUACCUCAGUCAUUUCUCUGAAGACAAACCCUCUCUUAACUACCUCUAUCACCAGGUAAAAAGUGACUACAUGCACCAUAUAGCUGAUCAGGUGGAUCAAGAUGUUGCUCUAAAACUGGGCUGCUUGGAAAUUAGGAGGUUCUUCAGAGAGAUGCCAGGCAACGCCCUGGAUAAGAAAUCCAAUUAUGAACUACUAGAGAAAGACGUUGGCUUAAGAAGGUUCUUCCCCAAAAGCCUGCUGGACUCCCUCAAGGCGAAGACUCUUCGUAAGCAGAUCCAACAAACCUUUAAGCAAUUCGCUAACCUCAACGAUGAGCAGAGCAUCCACAAGUUCUUUGAGAUACUCUCCCCCAUCUACCGCUUCGACAAGGAGUGCUUCAAAUGUGCUUUGGGGUCUAGUUGGGUAAUAUCGGUAGAGUUAGCUAUCGGACCAGAAGAAGGAAUCAGCUACCUCACAGAUAAGGGUUCAAUGCAGCCCACACAUUUAGCUAACUUCAACCAGGUUCAGUCCAUCCAGUACUCUCCUUUGGAAGAGAAGGACAGGAAGGGCAUGUUGCAGCUCAACGUAGCAGGAGCGCCAGAGCCCCUCACAGUCACGACGGCAUCGCUGACUACUGCAGAAAACAUGGCUGACUUGAUUGACGGCUACUGUCGGCUCGUCUCCUUAACUUCUCACUCCUUCAUCGUCAGAGUCCACAAAGAGGGGGACAGAGCCCUGCCAUCCAUCCCCAAAGUUUCAAAUCAUGAGAGGCGGAUGGAAAAGCGAAUGGAAGGAGUACGGACCCGAGCUGUUUGUGUCUCAGGUCACACUAGUGGCGAUGAAACAGACGACUAUGCUGAGAUCAUAGAUGAAGAGGACACCUAUACCAUGCCUUCAAAAUACUAUGGACUAGAUCAAGCACGGGACUAUGAGAUUCAGCGAGAUCGUAUUGAGUUGGGACGCUGCAUAGGAGAGGGUCAGUUUGGUGACGUCCAUCAAGGAGUCUACAUCAGCCCGGAGAACCCGGCUCUGUCGGUGGCCGUGAAGACGUGUAAGAACUCAACGUCAGACAGCGUCAGGGAAAAGUUUCUCCAAGAAGCAUUGACCAUGCGUCAGUUUGACCACCCGCACAUUGUGAAGCUGGUGGGAGUCAUCACAGAGAAUCCAGUCUGGAUCAUCAUGGAGCUCUGCACACUGGGAGAGUUACGGUCAUUCCUCCAGGUGAGGAAGUACAGUCUGGACUUGGCCUCUCUCAUAUUAUACUCAUACCAGCUCAGCAUGGCACUGGCAUAUCUGGAGAGCAAGCGCUUUGUCCACAGGGACAUCGCAGCACGGAAUGUGUUGGUGUCUACAGUCGACUGUGUGAAACUUGGGGACUUUGGUUUGUCUCGAUACAUGGAAGAUAGCUCUUAUUAUAAAGCGUCUAAAGGUAAACUACCUAUUAAAUGGAUGGCUCCUGAAUCCAUCAACUUCAGACGAUUUACCACAGCCAGUGACGUCUGGAUGUUUGGUGUCUGUAUGUGGGAGAUCCUAAUGUUCGGUAUCAAGCCUUUCCAGGGUGUGAAGAACAACGAUGUCAUCGGCAGAAUAGAGAACGGCGAGCGCCUGGCGAUGCCCCCUCAGUGCCCUCCUACUCUGUACAGCUUGAUGACAAAGUGUUGGUCGUAUGAUCCCAGCAAGAGGCCACGCUUCACUGAACUCAAAACACAACUGAGCACUAUACUAGAGGAGGAGAAACUCCAGCAGAAGGAGAGGAGCAGGAUGGAGAUGAGGAGGCAGGUCACUGUAUCUUGGGACUCCGGAGGGUCUGAUGAAGCACCACCAAAACCUAGCAGACCAGGAUAUCCCAGUCCUCGCUCCAGUGAAGGUUUUUAUCCCAGUCCCCAACAUCCUGGACACUACCAGAUGGCAGGAUACCCCGGCCCUCACACCCUCCCCUCGGUGCCCAGCGCCCUGUACCCGCCACAGGCUGCCAUGCUGGACACACACCACGCACACACACACCCCCGCCACCACGUCCACACACACUCUCAGCACCUUCCCGUUCCGCAUGGACACGACAUGGCACUAUGGGGCUCAGCGAUGGAGGACAGGGCAGUAGACAUGCAGCAGUGUGUAGGCCAGCAGUGCCUGUUUAUGGAGGAACAGCUGAUGAUACAACAACAGCAGAUGGAGGAGGACCAGAGGUGGCUGGAGCAGGAGGAAAGGCUGCUGAAACCAGACUCUAGAAGCUCUAGAGGGAGUCUGGACAGAGAAGACGGUGGACCUCAACCACCGACGGGAAACCAGCACAUAUACCAGCCCGUUGGGAAACAAGAGCAUGCAGCUCCCCCAAAGAAACCCCCUCGACCCGGAGCCCAGAGCAGUCUGGCCUGUCUAAACACCGGAGACAGUUACAACGAUGGAGUCAAGCUGCAGCCUCAAGAGAUAAGCCCGCCCCCCACCGCCAACCUGGACCGCUCCAACGACAAAGUGUACGAGAACGUGACGGGAUUGGUCAAAGCUGUGAUCGAGAUGUCGAGCAAAAUUCAGCCAGCUCCUCCAGAAGAAUACGUUCCUAUGGUCAAGGAUGUGGGUCUGGCAUUGAGGACAUUAUUGGCCACAGUGGAUGAGACUCUUCCACAGCUUCCGGCCAGUACACAUAGAGAGAUUGAGAUGGCACAGAAGCUUCUGAACUCUGACCUUGCAGAGCUGAUAGGGAAGAUGAAGUUAGCCCAACAAUAUGUGAUGACCAGUCUCCAGCAGGAUUAUAAGAAGCAGAUGUUGACAGCGGCUCAUGCUCUUGCAGUUGAUGCCAAGAACCUAUUGGAUGUCAUCGACCAAUCACGGCUCAAAAUGAUGUCCCAGUCCCGCCCACAUUAGCCCUUCGACAGCUGAGCUGACCAACAGGACUUGGUCUAUUAUUUAAAAGAGAAAGCAUCAUUCUGGUAACUGUUAUCAAUGGAGAAUUAGAGUUACGUCAAUCAUGACAUGUGAGAGUCAUCGGAGCCGACUGAUUUACGUCAAAGGAUGAAACAGCGGCUCUGAUCCUUUGUCCAUGAAGAAUCAUUAGAUGUUGUAUCCUGUGUAAGACGAGGUCUUCUCUCCACCACUGUGACUUUUGUAACACAAGAACAGUACAAAAACACUUCCUGAAUCAGGGACCUGGCUGCUUCACACUCUCUGGACUGUAACAUAAUGAUGAGAGGAGAAAAGCAAAAAGGAGGGGUGAAGAUUUUAAAACUAUGAGACUGAGAAGAUCCUGAUUCCUGGGGUUCGAAAACAUCCAACAGAAACACUAUUAUGGGAGCUAUUUGGAUCUGGAAAUGUUGACACCUGGUGAAUUAGUCUUCGUCGGAUAACACUCAAAGCCAUCAGACCCUGAUCAGACUGUGUUUGAUCUGCUACAUAUCUGCAUGAGCCAUCAGCCAGCAGCCAUUAUCAGUACAUGUGUGAAUAUCGUGUGUUGUGACCCCUGGAUGUGACAUUUUUCCUUUGUUAAAAUACCUCCACAUCACCAUUGAUUCUUCUGAAUGGGCACUACAAAACACAUGUUACAUGUUCAGCUGCUGGUGCUUUGGGCGGAUGCCUCAACAAGGACAUUCACAGUAAAGACGGCAUUGGCUCGGUUUGGAAAAGCAGCCAUCGUCUCUCCUCCCGUUUCUCUCUUCCAUCCACUCCCGUCUUCUCUCUGUCUCACCAGGUUUUAUUUAUAGACUCAGACAUUGCAGAGGAGGAGAUGGAGGGAGAGAUGGGUUUUGAGGACAGUUCUAGCAGCGGUCUGCUGCCUGAAGAAAAAGACCCACUUUUAUAGUCUUUUUUCUCUGUUUCACUCACUCUCUUUUGACUUUUGGUCAUCACUGUUCCUCUCUGUCGUGACGUCUUCCUCAGCUCCUCUCUGAGCCGGUUUUUAAAGACUCCAAAAUGUGAAGAAUCCAACUGUGUCUGUGUAAACACAGCAGACAGGAAACGACCUACUCGCACUCAAUUUAGUUUACUCUUUUUAUCAGCUGGCUCCAUGUUUUAUGUGUUCACAAUUUUUUUCCUAUUUACUGAAAACUGUUUGUAACAAGCAGAUAUUCAAUCCCAGCAUCGACUCUGAUCAGAGUUAAAACUGUAAAAAAAAAGAAGGUGGAUUUUGAGGAUUCACUCUGAGUGAGUUAAUACUUCCUAUUUGUCCUGGAGGCAGAAAAGGACAUUAUGUCUCAGACUGAUCUCUCUGUGUCUCAUCUCGUCUCUUCCUCCUCACCUACAAUCCCAAUAUCAUUCAGUUGUUCCUCAUACAAGACAGAGUCGUGCUGUCCCCUCACCCAUUGGUGUCACAAAGUGAAUUUACUGGGGACACAAACAAACCUCACAACUGGAAUUUCUGUGCUUUGAGUUUCGAAGUUACAGUCAGGUGUAACUCUUAAAAUAUGUUCCUCUGAAAACAGUCGCCAGGGAAACACACACAACACACACACACAAAGUGGAGCCACAUGACUGAAACCUGUCUUGCAGACACAAAACACUGAACUGAAAAAACAGCAGCCCACACGUCGUGUCUUUGUUAAUAGUGACCCCACAUGGAGUACGAUAUACUGCUAUAUGAAAUAUACUGGUGACUGUACUGGUAUAGCAUGAUAUACUGGUAUGAAGAAGAGCAUAUUUGCACAGCACCAAAAAAAAUAUUACUUUUUUUUUUAACCCUAUUUUACCCAGAUUUGAUCUCCAGGUUUAGCCAGCAAUUAAACUAUCAAAUAUCUGGGUGUUAUAGGGGUUUCAAAAAAAGGUUAAAAAAAACCCAAUCUAUUUUAUCUUGUCGUUGCGUAAAUCUGCUCAUGUUGGUAUCUUGUAAGCUAUACUGGUGUGAAUCACUGGUGAAUUGUACAGAACUAGUACUAGUAAACACUGGUUUUUAUUUUGUCUUCUGGGCUAAAUCAGCCUUCUUGUCAAAUAGGAGGAGGAAAAAACAAUGGAAUAAAAAAAAAUGAUGAAGAAAUUGAAGUCAGACUGUCCACAUUUUUAUCCAUGUAAGAGGUUUUUAUUUAAAACUUUCCAUUUUAGGCGUUAUAUCUCCAGUAUAAAUGCUACAUAGAUGUUAUCUAAUGUACAUGUGGCCAUUUAGAGAAGAAUCACUUUGCUGAAGUAUAUUUCAUAUGUCAUUUAAAUCAAUUUUCUUAUUUAGUUGUAAGUUCUACAUAAGGUUACCAAUUAUUUGAAGUUACUGAAGUUGCCUUGAAACCUUAAACUUCAGAAGAUUUGCACAGAUUUAAAUGCAUUGUAAAACCUGAAAUAGUCGUUCUCAGGGUCAAAGUUGCAAUUUUGUAUCAAUGUAAGAAAUUAUUUGAAGUAUUUAUUAUAAAAAAAUAAGAAUUUUGUCCUCCCAUGAUUGCAGUAAAGGUUGCAAAAUGGAAAAUAAAGUCUUCCUACAAAAAUUCAGCGUAUAAAAUGUAAGGGUGCCUACAGGCAAGACAAACUGCUGCAUAUUUUAUGACCUUUUGAAGUCAUUUUCAAGCUGUAGAAGAACAGUACAGACUGCAAUUCCUCAGAUUUCAAAGG